AGAUGGGCUAUGGUCAGUUAUUAUAUCCACAAAGUGCACCUGAGGUAGACAGAGAGAGAGAGAGCAAGAGAGAGAGAGAGACAGACAAAAGGAGAUAGAUAGAUAGAUAGAUAGAUAGAUAGAUAGAUAGAUAGAUAGAUAGAUAGAUAGAUAGAUAGAUAGAUAGAUAGUGACUGAGGUGGAGUUUGGUACAGUGUGGAGGUAGUAAACGAGCCAGCGCGGGUGAACAUGCGCGCGUGCAGAGCGCAUUGAGCACAGUGAGCGCGUGGAGGUGCAGGCGCAGGUGGAGGCGCGCGGAUUAGCGCACGUGUUUUCGCGCUCAGUUUAACGGCAUCUCAGCGAGGCGGAGGCGCGCGGCGCCAUUUGCUGCUUUUGUUCCUUAUCGGUGGGAAACGCGGCAACGUUCUCUGGCGACGCACCCGCAUGUUUCUGAGAGAUGCCCUCUUCAAAACGUCAUCACGGUUAAACUCUGGGAGACAACUGCUGUCUUCCUCAAAUUAUGACCAUGAUCCAUUCCUGUUUCACUCUUUUUGCCUUCAUCCUCUUCAGCAGCAUCCUGGAGGAGCCACUGCUGAGUGCUGAGGUGAAGGAGGGAGAGAUUCUGCCUCCCACCAUUCAGAAGCUGAUGAAAGGAUACAACAAGUACCUGAGGCCUUUCUUUGACAAUGGUCCUGUCACUGUGGGGAUGAGUUUGGACAUUGCCAGCAUUGACACAAUAUCAGAGAUCAACAUGGACUACACUGCCACCAUCUUCCUGCGGCAGCGCUGGACAGACGAGAGGCUGGUGUUUGAAGGCAAUAAAAGCUUGAGUCUGGAUGGGCGUCUGGUGGAGCUGCUAUGGGUUCCUGAUACCUUUAUUGUGGAUUCCAAGAAAUCCUUCUUGCAUGAUAUCACGGUGGAGAACCGGCUGAUCCGAAUCUUCCCCAAUGGGACUGUGCUUUAUGCUCUUCGGAUCACUACUACAGUGGCCUGCAAUAUGGACCUCACUAAAUACCCCAUGGAUAAACAGACAUGCACCCUACAACUAGAAAGCUGGGGGUAUAACGUGAACGAUGUGAUGUUUUACUGGGCGAGAGGCAAUGAUUCGGUCAGUGGGUUGGACACUCUGCGUCUGGCCCAGUACACAGUAGAGGAUCAUUACACUUCUGCCUCAGAGGCUGUGUAUGAGACAGGUAAUUAUCCUAAACUUAUAUUCCACUUUGAGCUGAAGAGAAGCAUUCUGUACUUCAUCCUGGAAACCUACGUACCCUCCAGUUUGCUGGUUGUGCUUUCCUGGGUGUCCUUCUGGAUCAGCCAGUCAUCAGUGCCUGCUCGCAUAUGUAUAGGAGUUACGACAGUGUUAACGAUGACCACGCUGAUGAUGGGUGCGAGAACGUCGCUACCCAAUGCUAACUGCUUCAUCAAGGCAAUAGAUGUGUAUUUGGGAAUUUGUUUCAGUUUCAUCUUUGGAGCAUUGAUAGAGUAUGCUGUUGCUCACUUCUGCACACUUCAGCACCCAGACUGCAACAGUGCGCUUACGCAUAUGCAGGAUUGUGAAGAGGAGAUCAACGGCAUUGUCACCACCAUUGCCAGCGAUUCUAGCCGAGCAAAGCGCCGUAAAGACUCUCCAACCCCUGCUCCCACAGCAACCCCUAUCGGAGAGCCUGAUCUCAUGGCCCAAACCCCUUCUCACGCAGAACCUAGGACCCCAGAGGCCCUGGAGGACCCUCUUAACCGCUGCAUCAGAAACCUGUCCCUCAUACGAAAAAUGCUCCGCUCUGUGAACUGCUGUCACGUGGAGAAUCCACAUUACAUAGACAACUACUCCCGUGUAACGUUUCCCCUCUCCUUUGUUGUAGUCAACUUGCUCUACUGGACUUACUAUCUGUACUUUUAAUACGCCUCAGAGUGUGUUGGUGGGAGUGAUUAUGGAAAAGAGUGCACCUCAUGUCUGACUGAGCAUGAAGCGGUCUUAGUUUAAAUCAGAGAGAAUGUAACAGUGUAUGCAUGACAGCGUGAAUUUGAGGUUUUUAUUUUAUUUUAUUUUAUUUUGCAUAUUAACCAUUUUGUGGAUCAGGUUCGGUAUUCUUUUACGGACACUACUGAAGGCAUAACUUGAUAAGUAAAAUGAUGCAAUAAUAUGUUAGAGAAGGCUGAUUAAAAGUAAGACAUUGAGGUGUCAUUUGACUUCAUCUGCAGUGCAGAAGUGGCAACACUGCUAAGAAGACUGAAUAUAAUAUAAUAAUCGUUAAAAAAAGAAUAAGACCACAAAUCCCCUAGCAUAAGUCGGUCGAUAAGUCGUCUUGAUGGAUUAAUGAUAAAACAUGCAUUGGCUGAACUGAUAUUUAACUUCGUCUGCAGAAAAGCAACCAGCUGAUCAUAAGCGCUUACUUUAUACAAAUUAAAAUGCAUGUCCGUAUUCAGUCAAGACAAUUGCCACAUGUUGCAAAUAAUAAUAAACCUUCAACAACUGUAGUGAACCAUUUACUGAUUAUUAACUGACUGUUUUUUUUUUGUAGAUCUGGGCAUCACUCUACAGACAUUGAUGAUCUUUACACGUUCAUAACAUCACACAAUUCAAACACACUGUCUGCUCAAAAAGGAAGACAAAAGACUCUUUCUAUUUAAGGUCCUUGUCCAUCAACCCAGAAAUACAAAAAGUACUAUUUAAAUAAAAGAAUUACACGUUUUUCUUCAAAAUUAAACUGAUUUCAAUUUCUUCCACUUGAAUUCAGCCAGAUUUCUAACUGAUCCCAUGAUACUCUGAGUUGUGCAUAUCUACAGUAUGUUAGCUCUGCCACACCACACAGUAUUUUUUACCUCACCAGCCUUUCAAAAUCAGCUAAAUUCAGCCUACUGCUACCAGUAGCACAUGCAUUUUUACAUCCCAUGUCCUUUCCCCUUGAGAGAAUUUCUUUUUCAGUCAGAGGAAUUUUAUUUUAUAUUGGUCUGACUGCUGAGACAGCAAAGUGUGCAUAUUUUUCUAGUAUUGCUGUAGCAUGUGUUCAGAAAUCUUAACUGCUACAGCUAAACCGUAGGUGUUGGUGCAUCUGCUAACGAUUUAUCUUUAUAUAUUUGAGCAUCAACAUUUUAUAGUAUUGUCCUCAUGUGCUACAGACAUGUAAUGCAUUUUCUUUUCUUGUCCAUGCAUUAUUGUGUUUCCAGUUAUUGGUUCUGCCAGUGGAGGCCUUUGCUCUCUGAGUUAGUGGGCUGGUUGAAUUGCUGAUUGGUGCUGCAUGGGGCAAACAGAAGCUAUUGCUCUUUUUUAUUGCCUCAGUAAAUUUUCCAGCCUGGGCUCCCUCCCCCUCUCACACAUUAUGAGGAUUAACUCUCAGUGCAAGCCAGUGUAAAUGAUUUUAUACGAUUUGCCAUUAAAUUAUUCAUUAUGUAGUCCCUUUUACAAGGAGGGAAAAGUGCCAAGAUCACUUCUGGUUGCUGAGGAAUUGUACAAACAGGAGCUUUGGAAAUACCAUACUGUAUCCUCAGACAGGUGACUGGAUUGUUUGGACAGUUAUGGUUAGGGAUGCUUUGUGUUAGGAAUAUAGAAAGCUAUGUGUUUUGGGAAAUAAUCAUGGAUUUGUGGCAUAGUGUGAUCUACAACCCUGAAACAAGCAUUGUUACAUUUGAUCUAAACAAAUCAGAUAUACUUAAUUAAUGAAAAUGGAAAAGAAAACCAGCAAAUGGCAACACUGUCUCUUUUUAACACACAAAGAAAAGAAGUGUUUGAUUUUCUGAAUGGUAUCAACAUUCUUUUACAGUAGGAUCUCCCAGAACAGAUGAAUCUUUAUGUCCUUUAAAGAGAUUUGAAUCUCAAAUGUAGCUCGUCACUGAGAGACUAAUUUAGUCCAACCUUCAGCCUUACAUGCAGGACGUUCCAAAAGACGGUCAUAUUGAUUAUAUGAAAUAUGAAGCAGAUAAAACAGGAUGACUGACUAAAGAUGUAGCAAGUGUUCAUUCUUUUACGAUUAAAGAUCAGCCAUGCUAAAGUUUCAAUCACCUUCGAAAGAGCUCAACAUUGAGGUAGAGACUUUUAUAUUUUAUCAUUUACCCCUCCAUUUUUCUUUCAUUGUUAUAUUUUGUAUUUGCGAUUUCUUCCCAGAUAUACACAAUAUAAGGCAAUAUGUAGUGUUAGGCCACGUUAUUUAUAUUUAUCAAUGUGAUAUGUAAUUAUGAAUCUACACAUUUGUAAAAGUUCAGAGGAAAGGUGAUAUCUGCUGUAAGUGCUUAUAUAAUGUAAAUAACGGUUGAAAUUUUUGUCUACAAUAUGGAUUCAUGCACCCGUUGUAACAUGAAUCUUUAACGAGGUGAACAAAAAUUGUAUGAAAGCCCAUUGAAAAAAGAUUUUUGGCAGCAGCAUUUUGAAGGACUUAUUAUCUCAAAAUGAUCAUAUGUUAUCUUUAAAAUUCUGACUUAUCUCAAAAUCUUGACUUAUUAUCUUAGAGGAAUGAGUUAUCUGAAAAUUGUGACUUACAGUAUGUUUUGACUUAUAUCUGAAAUUGUUUUAUCUCAAAAUAAUGUAGAACGUGGACAACAUAGUGGCUUUGUGCUUCACAUGUUUGCCCCACACCUCUGGGGUUGGAUGUUGUGGGGGUUUCCUCCAGUACUUUGGUUUCCUCCCCAGUCCAAUGAAAUGUACUUUAGGCUGAUUUAAAUUGUCUGUAAAGUAUCUGUGAUUGUGCCCUGCAAUGUGGUAGCACCCGGUCUAGGGUACUCCGAGUCCCCUACGAUUCAUUCUAGGUUCAUUGUGACCCAGUGAAGGAGUAUGAGUAUGUAAUGCAAUUUUUUUUUUAAAAGAACAUUUGUUAUUGUUUAAAAGCAGCUCACCCAUGACCUUUACACACUGAUGCUAAUAUUAGAUUUAAAAAAAAUCAUUACUUUUGUGAUACAGAUAGUUCUACCAUCAUAUAUCUAUCAAUAUGUAUCUUUGCUGUUGCCAGAAACCCCCACGCCCUCUCUACUUGAUAGAAGUAAGGUUCCAGAGAAUAGUUUAAGCCUGACUUAGCUGAAGGACAAUUCCAGGUUGAAUUCAAAAAGUUUUAUCCUUGCAGAUAGGACCAUUUUAUCAACAUUCAGCAGAACCUCUGCAGUAAAUGUUGGGAAAUUUGCUAGCAAAGCUGGAGUACAUUUUAAAAUGUAUUUUGAUCUGUGAUAAAGCCUCAGCUCCCUUCCUUUUAUUAAGGUAUAAAUGUAUCUAUAAAGCACCAUGUCGCAUGUCCAUUACAUUUACAGGAUUUGGCAGAGACCCUCAUCCAGAGUGACUUGCAUUUAUUUUGUUUAGUUAGUUCAGGAUUAAGCGCCUUGCUGAAGUUGCAGCAGAGGCAGCUUGGUGGUCUUGGGAUUCGAACUCAAUCGUCCAUUCAACAUCUCAACCACUGAGCUACUACUUCCCAUUGUUUCAUCUCUAGCUGAUGUUGUACAGCCGCAGCUGCAUGCAUGCUCAUCAUAGUGAAUAUCACAGUGGACGUGCCUUAAGCGUUUGAAAUUUUAGUGCUGAAAAGCUGGAACUAUGCCACAGUUAAGAAAGAACUGCUUGUGAGUUUAUUAAAAGACAACAUGAUGGACAUGGUGUUUGUUCUAAUAGAGCUGUUAUUAUAAAUCCUUUUCUAUUACUGUAGUGAAAUUUAGCUGGCUGGUUGCAGCAAAUACUAAAUGCAUCCAGGAUUUAAUUCUGUAUUAUAAUAUACUAGAAUCGCAAUAGAAGUUAGAAGUCGUAAUGAUUUUCUUGUUAUAAAGUUGUAUUACCUUGUGCAAAGCAAAACAGUCACUUAUAUCGGAGUCAUUUGAUAAAACACUUGAGUGGUUUAUAUUUAUAUAAUAAAAUGCAGAUCCGUGCCGGAUUAUUCAGCAAAAUAGCAUGUGUGUAUUGUUCAGUAUGAAACAAGGCAAUCAGACCAUAAACGAGCACAAAUGUUUCUGUCUAUUAAAACUGCUGAUUUGGAAAAUUAUGUUUGGAAAAGUUUUAUGUUUUUUUUCCCCUUGUCCACCAUUUUAUCUGAUUUAGAUAAAACAGACUUAAUUUUAUGACUCAUUCACAACAUUGAUUCAGCAUGUUAGUAGAUCAGACUGUUUAAGUCUAUAUGCAGGGCUCCAGCCUUUUGCACAAACUACAGUAGCAUUUUACUAUUUUGUUGAAAUCUUUUGUGUUUUGUUUUUUUUUUUUCAGCAUGACAUGCCAGCUGAGCUUUCAGUGUGGAUGGAGUGUGCUAACAUCAGGAGAUGUCACUGAUUUCCUAUUGUUAAAUUGCUGUAAAGCUUUAAAAAAAAAAAAAGGAUGUAAAUAUGUUGUUACAUUCUGCAUGUUUUCUUGAUGUCUCUUGAAAAAGUUAAACUCAUAAUAAACAA